AUGUUGCAAGUGAACAUCCAGCAGCGUACCCAAAGAGUUGUGGCAUCCUGCCAGGAGAGAGCAAAGCCUCUAAAGGUGAUACUCGAUUCUGACAAUACUUCACAAGAGCGAUACGUUGUUAAGAGACUGGCACUUAACAACAACCUGGAUGCCAAAGAAGAGCAUGCCAAGGAAGGAGGGGUGACAUCUGCAUCUGCUGAGAAGCAGACCAGGGAUAGUUUUGUGGUGCCAGCAGACAAAAAACAAGCUGUGAAGGAAUUAAGACCCCAAGCCAAUGCGAUGCAAGCUGAAAGUAGGUCUGGAACACAUACAGCCAAUCAAAACCUUGCUAGGGGUGCAACACCAACUGCCAAUCAAAAACAAGAUAAGAGCAUAGCACCAAUAUCCAGUUCAAAGGAAGAGAAAAAUAAAGAAGUAAUGGCAGAAGACAAACGAGGAAAGCCAGCUGAGGCGACAUAUGUGGCACCACCUUCCACUACAAAGCAAACCAAGGGACAGUUAAAGGGAACAGAUGCACCUGAACAGCAUUUGGUGACUUCUGAUCCUCCUUCAAUGAAAUUGUCUACCGAAGUAAAGCCAGUGUCUGUUGCUGAAAAUCACGACGCAUCUGCACCUGGAGCUCUACAAGGCACACAUGCCAUUUCUGCACCAACCCACAAGAAAAGGUUCAAAGCAUCUGACUUCAAAUCUGAGCCCCAAUGGGACUUUGAUGACCAGUAUCUUCAGGCCAAGUUAACUCCACAGUCAACCUGUCCAAAUUCACUGAGGGUCAAGGCUGCCAAGUCUGACUGGCUGCAGGGCAUUUUCCUGCCUAACAUCACACUCUUUAUGGACAGGAGCCACUGCAGUGACAGUGAAUGGGAGCGCUUGGAGCAUUUCGCCCCCCCUUUUGGGUUCAUGGAGUUAAAUUACGCAUUGGUAAAAGAAGUCAUAACCAUGCUUCCUCCUAAACCCUAUCACCUAAUUCCCAUGGCACACAGUAGCCAGGCUUCCAGGUGUAUCACCUGUGCUGUAGUAGGAAAUGGGGGAAUAUUGAACAACUCCAGAAUGGGCCAGGAGAUUGACUCCCACGAUUAUGUCUUCCGGGUGAGUGGGGCCGUGAUCAAGGGUUAUGAGAGAGAUGUUGGAACAAGAACAUCCUUCUAUGGAUUCACAGCCUAUUCCUUAACAUCUUCCCUUAUGUUACUGGGAGACCAUGGAUUCAAGACGAUCCCAAAAGGAACGGAGAUCAAGUACCUUCAUUUCCUGGAAGGGGAAAGAGAUUACGAAUGGCUGAAAGCUCUUCUGCUGAACAAGGAUGUAAGGAAAGGAUUUUUGGACUUCUAUAGGCAAAAGCCAAGGGACGGAUUUGAUCAUUUCAGCCUGGAUAAAUACUUUGUAAUUCAUCCAGAUUUUCUCAGAUACACAAAAAACAGGUUUCUAAAAUCCAAGUCUCUGGACAAACCCUACUGGCGGCUCUAUAGACCCACAACAGGAGCAUUCCUUUUAUUAACUGCGCUCCAUCUCUGUGACCAGGUAAGCGCUUAUGGGUACAUCACAGAAGGUUACCAAAAGUAUUCAGACCACUAUUAUGACACGGAAUGGAAGCGCUUAAUCUUUUAUCUCAAUCAUGACUUUGAUCUGGAACGAAGGGUGUGGAAAAAACUUCACGAUGCAAACAUCAUGAAGCUCUACCAACGAUCCUGA